UUUGACUAAGGUGCAGGAGUUCAGCUAUUGAAAAUCAACAUCCCAAUAAUAAUUGAAGAUAAAUAUGAACAGAAAUUCCACUUCCAUUUAUAUUUGAUAAUUGAAAGACACAGUAGAGGUGAUUGAAUUCACUAACCAUGGAACAACUCUGGUUCUCUGUGAUCCUCUUCUUAUUCAUCCUUUUUAUCUCUGUCAAUUUCUUGCUACAUAAACUAAAAAAGCAUAAUAAGAACUUACCACCAAGCCCAUUUGCCUUUCCGAUCAUCGGCCAUCUCCAUCUCAUCAAAGAACCUCUCCACCGAUCCCUUCACCAUCUUUCCGACCAAUAUGGUCCAAUCCUCUAUCUUCACUUCGGAUCCCGCCCCGUUCUUCUACUCACAUCUCCGUCAGCCGUCGAGGAAUGCUUCACCAAGAACGAUAUCAUAUUUGCAAAUCGACCCCAACUUCUGGUAGGGAGGCACUUGUACAACUACACUUCACUUGGGGCCGCUUCUUAUGGAUUCCAUUGGCGGAACCUCCGCCGCCUUUCUACAAUCGAGCUCUUCUCCUCCACCCGCCUGAACAUCUUUUCAGAUCUCCGACGAGAAGAAGUGAGAUUGCUACUUAAGGAUCUGUACAGAGUUUCAAGUGAGGAUUUUGUCAAAGUGGAAAUGAAAUCAAGGUUGUCAGAUCUUUCAUUUAAUGUUAUAAUGAGAAUGAUCUCAGGGAAACAGUACUGUAAAGAUGAGAAGGGUUUGGAAGAAGCUAAAGAGUUCCAAAGAAUUAUAAGUGAGAUUUUUGAAGUUAGUGGGAUACCCAAUUUGGGUGAUUUCUUUCCGGGUUUGAGUUGGGUUGAUUGUCGUGGAUUGGAGAAGAGGAUGAAAGGCUUACAAAGGAAAGCAGAUGUGUUGUUGCAGAGUUUGAUUGACAAGAAUCGGAAGAGCCAUGAUUAUAGUUGUUUUGCAGAGGAAGGAGAUAUGAAAACGAUGAUGGAUGUUCUUCUUUCGCUUCAACAAAGGGAGCCAGACUACUACACUGACGAAAUCAUUAAAAGCUUCCUGUUGGGACUGAUUGUGGCCGGAACCGACACAUCGGCGACGACAUUAGAAUGGGCGAUGUCGCUUCUCCUUAACCAUCCGGAGGUGUUAUGCAAGGUUAAAGCCGAGGUAGAUGAUGUUAUAUUACACGAUCAGGAUUUAGAUCUUUUCCAACGUGAAAGAGAGCCCAGUCACAUCCCACGACCAGAAGCACCGCACUCGUCAUUGAUUGAUGAACAACAGCAACUCCCUAAGCUGAAGUACCUCCAAUGUGUGAUCAACGAGUCAUUGCGUUUGUUUCCACCGGCCCCACUUCUGGUGCCACAUGAGUCAUCCAAGGACUGCACUGUUGGAGGGUUUGAUGUCCCAAGUGGUACAAUCCUACUUGUCAAUAUAUGGUCUAUUCAUAGAGACAAUAAGUUGUGGGAGGACCCUACAAGUUUUAAGCCUGAGAGGUUUAUUGAAGAAGAAAGGAAGCUGCCGAUGAUGAUCCCAUUUGGGAUGGGAAGGAGGGGAUGCCCUGCCGCUGGGUUGGCCAAUCGUGUGGUAGGGCUGGCUCUUGGGACACUAAUUCAAUGCUUUGAGUGGGAAAGAGUUAGAGAAGAGGAAGUAGUAGAUCUCACAGAAGGGCCAGGGCUCACUGCACCAAAAGCCAAGCCCUUGGAAGCUAUGUGCAAAGUAUGCCCAACCAUGAUUAAUGUCCUUUCCAAACUCUGAAGUUUUUUUUUUUGGUGUGAUUAUGGGAAUUAAGAUCUAGAAACUUGUCUUUGCAGUACACCCUAUCUGUUUGAUGUUUAUCUAUUGCCACUACAAAUUUUAGUGAAUGAUCUCUUUUCGAAGAAAG